AUGACGGCGCAACAGCGACUACUACGACCCCUCUCGGCGGGACUACGCUCGGCGCGCCCGCGCGCGCUGCACACCUCUGUGCGGCGGCUGGCCCCCCAGCGCCCACCGCCACCGACGCGGCUCGAGCCGCUCCGCAUGCCGGCCGACAUGCCGCGCGAGGACUAUGCCGCGCCGGCGGCGUACACGCUGUCCCUCAUGGGCCGGGUGAUCAAGUACCUCGUCGUCGGCGGGGCGACUCUUGCCGUCAUCGCAAUCGCGAGCUACGAGGGAACACACCUGUACGUCGAGCACGUUGUGCUCGCUGCGCCGUCGCGCUCGGCCGACGACGAGGCGUACGGCUGGGCGGACGAGAACCAGGGCUGGACUGGCGGACAGCGGGGCGGCACCGACCCCGCGCUCGGGUUUCGCGCGCGGCACGCGCUCCGAGCCGCGUGGAUCGCGUGGGAGUGGGGCGCGGGCGACACGGCCAGCACGAUCGCGAAGGCGGCGGGCCACUACGCGGGGAACAACUCGAUCCACCCCGAGAUCCGCCGCCCGUCGACGCCGAGCGGCAGCGUGAAUACCGUCGACCGCGGGUAUCAGCUCGCCGACGAGUACAUCGAGGCUGCGAUCGCUGCUGCGCGGCGCAGGGGGUUCGCGUUCCCGCCCGAGCUGGACCCCACGCGGCCUGCCGGCCCGCCGGCGGUCAACCCGCACGACGACCUCGUGCCGAGCUCGCACGCCGACGCGACCGCCCUCGACCUGCUCAUGCUCAAGGCGGGUGUCCUCGAGCGCAUCGGCACGCGCGACGCAGUCUCCCACGCACGGGAGGUGUACGAGCAGGUGCUCGCUGCGCGCUUGGGGGAAAAGCACGACCUGCCCGUGCCCAAGGCGCGGCUGAUGCGCCUCGCCCACAAGCUCGGCGACCUCGCCCAGCGGCACGGCGACGCGGCCGAGGCCGAGGCGUGGUGGGCCUGGGGGCUCGCGCGCGCCGGGCUCGACCUGCCGCAGAUCAAGGCGAGCGUGCCGGCUUCGUCGUCGGGGGGCUCGUGGUGGUGGCCUUUCGGCGGGUCCAAGGCGGCCGCAGCGGAGGCAGCGGCCCCGCAGCACCCCUUGCACACUGCCCUCCCUCCGCCGGUCCUCCGCGCCGCGACCAACCUCCUCAUCUCGGCGUCGGCGGCCGACGCGCAGACCGCCACGCCUGCUGGGCUCGACGCCGCGGCCGCCGUCCAGGCGCUCGCGCUCUCCCUCCUCCCGCACCCUAAGAGCGUGGCGAUCCCAGCCACGUCUACUGGGCCCACCGUGCUCCAGGAGACGUGGGAGCAGCAGCGUGCCGCCCUGGUCACGCUGCACAAGGCGAGCGUGUCGCAUGCGCGCAAGGACGCGUCUGCCGACCCGCUCGAGCUGGCCUCGUCCGCUGCCGACGCGGCCGAGGCGGUGCUGUCGACGCUCACGCCGAGCCUGCCCAGCGCUUUCACGAGCCCGUCCUCCAACCCGCUUGCGCAGCCUUCAAAGCGCCUGCUACGCGACACGCUGAGUACGGCCGCCGAGGCGAGCUUCACGCGCGCAGUGCUGCUCGAGCGCCGCGCCAACCUCGUCACGAGCCGGGACGACAAGAUCCACUGCCUCGAGCACGCGGGCGAGGCGUACGAGCGCGCGAUGAGCCUUGCUGCCGCUGAGAACGGGACUACGGACGCCAAGAGCAAGAAGGAGGAGGACGCGGUCGGGCGCGGCGAGGACUGGACGCGUUUCUGGACUGGAUACGUGCGCGCCAAUGAGAAGAUCAUGAAGAUUGUCUCGGAGGACGAGGACAAGAAGGGGAAGGGGAAGGAGGUGAAGAAGACGGAGAAGGGCAAGGAGGAGAAGACGGGCAAGGAGGACAAGAAGUAG